AUGGAUGGUGAUCCCAUUUCUGACCCUUCUACAUACCAUAGCAUGGUGGGUGGUCUCUCGUACCUAACACUGACUCAACCCGACAUUGCAUAUGCAGUUAAUCAAGUGUGUCAGUAUAUGCAUAAACCCCGAUCCACUCAUUUACAAGCUGUUAAAAGAAUCUAUAGCUAUAUUAAAGGCACCAUUGAACAUGGUAUUCCUUUCCGUUCCUCCAUUGAUUUUUCCUUGCAUGGUUUUUCGGAUGCCGAUUGGGCUGGGUCCUUGGAUGACAGACGUUCCACUACCGGUGCUUGUAUUUUCCUUGGUCCUAAUUUGCUCACUUGGACUGCUAUAAAGCAAUCAACAGUGUCAAGGUCCAGCUCUAAAGCAGAGUAUCGCGCCCUUGCCACAACGGCUGCCGAGCUUCGUUGGUUUUGCUACUUGUUUAGAGAGCUUGGUAUUCCUCUCCAUUCUCCCCCUUGUAUUUUUGUUGAUAAUGUUUCAGCCCUUCACAUGGCAGCCAAUCCGGUCUUUCAUGCACGCACCCGCCACAUUGAAGUUGAUUAUCAUUUUGUUCGUGAGUUAUUGGCAUAG